GGGGGAGCGGGACGGGCCCCGGUCCCGGCCCCGCUGAGCGCCAUUGGCUCCGGGGCAGCGCUGACCGCCCGCCGCCUCCGAACCAUUUCCUGUUGCUGCGGCGUUAAUGCUGAACAGACCUUGCUCUCCUUCCCUCGCUCCAGCCAAAGUGCCGCGGCUCUGCCGCCGCCGCCGUCCCACCCAUGCCCAGCACGUGCCAUCCCUGGAGCCGCUGAGACCUGCCGGGCACAGGAUGGAGAGUCGCCGGAGGGACAUGGAGCUGCUCAGCAACAGCAUGGCCGCGUACGCCCACAUCCGAGCCAACCCGGAGAGCUUCGGCCUGUACUUCGUGCUGGGCGUCUGCUUCGGGCUGGUGCUCACCCUGUGCCUGCUGGUGCUGCGCCUGUCCUGCCGGCCGUCCCCGCGGCCCCCGGCGCGCCCCGGCGACCUCAGCGAGGACGACGACGAGGACGAGGAGGACGAGGACGAAGAAGACACCGUCGACCGCGCGGCGUCUGAGUCGCUGCUGCCGGUGACCGAGAUCCCGCUGGAGAGCCACGGCCCCGGGGACGGGGCGCUGGCCGUGAACGUGUUCGCGUCGGCCGAGGAGCUGGAGCGGGCGCAGCGGCUGGAGGAGCGGGAGCGCAUCAUCCGCGAGAUCUGGCGCAACGGGCAGCCCGACAUCCUGGGAUCCGGCACCAUCGGCACCCUGGGCCGCGUCCACUACUACUGAGCCCGGCAGCUGCCCUGGCACGGGGUCUGCUCCCCCGUGGCCGACCCCACACCGUGCCAGGAGGGACCAGGGGGACAGGCUCGCUGUCCCUGAGCUGGCGGAGCUGCCCUGGGCUGUCCCUGCACCACGGAGAGCCAGACCCCGGGUCACGGGCACCCCCGGGGUCACGGGCACCCCCGGGGUCACGGGCACGCCCGGGGCUGGACUCGCCCCGCCACGGUGGGACACGAUGCACUUUGAGCCAUUGGUACGACGGCUGGCACCAGCCGAGCAGCCCCGGGACACGCGGGGACAGGGACAAGGCCAGGGCAGCCCUCGCUGCCGGGGUCUGGCGCGGGUUUCACCCCACGGGGCAGGGCCGGGCUGUGCCUCCGUGGGAGCCGUGGGCUCCUGCCCCUCAAACAUGGUGCUGUUGUACGAACCAGAGCCCAGCGUGGCGGCUCCGGCGUUUUGGGGGCUCUGGGCACAGGGAGGAUCUCGGCCUCUCCCCGCGCCGAUUCCUUCCCGGCCCCACUAAAAUUAGCCGGGAUUUUUCCGGUGCCGCCCGCCGUGACCCCGCGCCCUUUGGCCGGGCCAGGGCGGAUGUUCCCGCUGGACUCUGGGCCGGCCGCUGCUCCCCGGGGAUGCCGCAGCUCCCGCCGGGCUCAGCCGCAUCCUGCCCCGUCCCAGCCCAGCCCCGCGGGGCGCCGGGCCCCGCUGCCCCCUCCCCGGCACUUUUAUAAAAAUAGCUCCUUCCCAGGCUGCUUCCCCCCCGCCGCCAGCCCCAGCAGGAUCCAGAUGUUUUCCAGAUGUUCUCCAGUGGCUGGGGGCCAGGAUGUGCUGGGGCUGGGACUGGAGCUGGCCUGGGAAACUGUGCGGGGGUGGAGGAGGAGGGGAGGAGGUGAAGGAGGAGGAGGAGGCCCUACCCCAACCCUGCCACGGGCCCUGGAGGUGCCCCUUGAUCCACGGUGGGACCCUUUGUGCCUGGCAGGACCAGCCCAGGCCGUCAGGGGCGUGGCAGCCAACAGCCCCCACACAGCACUCUGUACCCAAAAUAGUUUAUUUUAAACAAUAUCUAUAGGUCCAGGGGCUGUUAUGCUUCAAGGAGCAGUGCCUGGGUGUGGGGUGGGCAUUUGUAUCCAACGGGUGCAGAACCAGGCUGGGGGGGCACACGGAGCCAUGUGCCACCCCCCUGCCCCGUGCCAUGGGUGGGCACCGCAGCCCCCCAUGCUAACAGGGCAGCCCCUUCCUCACUCGCUCGAUCUCCGCCUGUGGGGAGAGGCUGUGAUUGUUGGGGGGCACAGGGGACCCCAGGACGAGGCAACCCCCGGCAGGGACUCACCUGCAGCGCCUGGCGCUGAGCCUGCUCCUGGCACAGCUCCUGCCGCAGGUCCUGCAGGUCCCGCCUGCAACACCCAGGGUGGCUCAGCCGGGCCAGGGCGAGCAGCAAACAGCCAGGAGCACUGGGGACUCCCCGACACCCCAUCCCCACUCACAGGUGCUGGACUCGCAUCAGGUCCACAAGGAUGUGCAGGGUCCGGACCUCAGCCUUCAGGUCCUCCAGGGCCAGCAACCUCCCCUCCAACACCUCCAGCCCCUCUGUGCUCCACGGCGGGACAGGGGCCUGCCCUGUGCUGGGGACAGGGGCACAGAGGGCAGCACGGGGCAGCCCCUGGGGCUGCUCCCCACCAUGGGGACCCCCCGUGCUCCCCAGGACCAUGCUGGGUGGCCGCUGGCCGGGUACUCGUGGCCGUGUGGCCGUGGGGUGGCUCAGCCUGGCUGUGGUAACUGGCACCGUGUUGAAGCCAUUGGCAUCUGCCAAAGAAGGAACAGGAAUCAGCCCCUGGUGCUGGGCAGGGCCCGGCCACCCCUGCAAGCCCCUGCACGGCCCCUGCAGCCUACCUGGGUCACCUGCUCUGCCCCACUCCACGGCAGCUGAGGUGCUGGGCUGGGGGUCACCGGGCCUGGGGACAGCAGAGGUGAGAAGUGGCACAGCCAGGGAAGUGCCAGCCCCACGCCAGGGCCAGCCAUGAGCACAGCCACAUUUCUUACUUGGUGGGCAGCACGGGGGCUGGUUUGGUCUUGGCAGGAACGGGGGGAGCAGGAGCCAUCCUCUUGGUGAGCGGGAGCUUGGUGGGCUCCAUCCUCGCUGGCGCUGGGAGCUCUGGGAGAGGAGGCAGAGGCAGGGCUGAGGCCAGGACCGGCACUGACAGGAGUGGGGCAGGAAGCGCUUCCUGCUCGUGACAUGCCCGGCCCAGGCACGUCCCUGUCCUCCCCUCUCUGCAGCCCAGGACUCACCGGGGACUCGCUGUCCUCGCCCUCCUUGUCCUUCUGUCUGGGUGCACCUGCCGGGGAGUGAAGGUGCUGAGGGGGGAACUUGUUACAGCCUCUCCCAGCCCCGCUGUGGUCGGCGCUUCCUCUGCGUGAGGCGGAGCAGGCAGCGCCAAAGCUGCCGUGGGUGCUGCAGCACGGGCAGGGUGUCCUCCUGCCACCAUCCCGCCACACAGCAUCCCUGAACCACACCAGGACAGGCCCACCGGCGGGGUGGCACACAUCAGGCCACGGGCAGGUGCCCAUGGACCACCCUGUUGUCACAGCAGGCCCCCCUGUCACCACGGUUGGCCAUGAAGCCCCUGUGGUGGGCCACCAUGUCCCUGUGGUGGGCCACAUUGGCCCCACGGUGGGCCAGCAGCCCUGAUGCUGCCUGGUCCCUGCUGCUGCCACCAGCACAGCCCUUGUCAGGAGGCCUCGCAGACACCAAAAAUGGUGCUGGUGUUUCCCACCCAAAGAUACGGCUGAAGCACCAAGGGCUGCGGGCACGAGGACACCCCUAUCCGGCCCCAGUGCUCCUUGGCUCUGGUGGCACAGGGGAUGUGCCCAGAGGUGCCCAGCACCCUGCCAGGGAUGUGCCCAGAGGUGCCCAGCGUCCUGCCAGCCCCUCACCAGCAGCUCUCCAGGCACGGCACAGCCCUGGAGCGCUGUGAUCACACCAAGCACUGCUGUGAGGACGAUCCCCGUGCGAUGCUCCCUCCUACCUGCCGCUGUGGGGCUGCCCCGAGGCCGGGCGGUGCCAGGCCAGGCUGUGCCGUGCCGUGCCGUGCCAGGCUGCCCCGGCCCCACACCGCGCACGUCAUGCCGGAGGAAAUCGGCUCCACAGCGGGAAGGAAGUUGAAGCAGAGCACACCUCAGCGCUGGUCCACGCCACAUCCCUGUGCCCCAGCGGGGACUCCGGCUCCCCAAACCCUCCUGGUGCCCUUCCCGGGGCUGCCCGGCCAUGCUGGCAGGACACCGAGGCUGGGUGGACACCAGGGCCAGACUCACGGGACUCCUUAUGGGACGAUUUCGGCUGUGGGAGAGGCUUUGGAUGAGGAAGGGCCUGGAGGGCACCGGCGCUGGCACAGCAGAGCCCCUCAGAGCCGUGUCUGCCCUGGCCAGCCCCAGUUUGGAGCCAGGGCUGGCACUGGGGCUCCUUCCCUGCCUGGCAGAGCCCGGGGGGACGGCUCUCACUCACCCGCGGCUGGAGGGGAAGCGAAACCCAACCACAGAGGGGCUGAAAGCCACAGAGCCACACCGCAGCCGUCCCUCCGCAGGGCCUGAAGGGUCAGUGGCACACCAGGGAUGUCACACCAGGGAUCCUCCUGGUCCUGGCCCCUGCCUGCUCCAGGAGACAGCACGGAUAUUCCUUUUGGCCAAACGCAUCUGAGCCAGCACUACCGACUGGGGGACAGGGAGAGGGGCUGGAAUCAGCCACGGGGCAGAGCAGGACGGCAGAACAGAGGUUCCAGUGCAGACCGAGGGCUGGGCACGCUGGGCAGCCAUUUCCUCAGGCUGGCUCAAGGCUGAGUGUGAAGGGAAGCACCAGCCCUUAACUCAGCACGGUCCCACCAGCUCUUGGCCAGCACCAUUACCCACAGCAGCCAGGAAAGCUGAACUCCUGCAGAGGUUGUACAGCCAGCAGCCUCCCAGCGCCCUUGGGAUGGCAGCGAGGAGAAGUUGGGCACCAGCCAGGGCAGCACACGGGGCUGCGGCUGCCCAGCACCGGGACCAGCCCUGUGAACUCCUGGGAGGUUGUGGGAAGGAUGGAGCUGGUCCUGUGCACAGUGACACAAUCCCUGCUGGCAGCAGGCAGGGCCCGUGGCUGUGUCACCACUGUCCCCAGGCAAUUACUGCCGAAACAGCAGCUGAAUGAUCUAUUAAUGCAUAAAACCCACCAGGAGUUGCCCCCCUGUUGCUUCAGGCACUUGGUCCUUUCAGGCUCCCCCCCGGCAACUCAGGACACAAACCAAGCAGAGUUACACCUACGACUUAUUUUAUUGUAUUUUAUUUGCAUAAACAAACUUCGGGGCUUUGCUAAACAGGAACUGUUCAAGUCAAAACAAACCAAACUCUAGCUGGUGUGUGGGGUACAGCACAGCAAUCUUGGGGAGAGGGACAGGGGAGCAAGGGCACGGCUGUGCCUCCCCGCCCAGGCUCACGACCUGGCUGGGAACCCUCCACAAACUGCUCCAGAAUAUCUUUAAAGUAGAAGAUAAAAAGAAAUUCAUCAUAAGGGCCAUCCUCAACCAGCUCAGGAGGAAUCUGCCUUUUGGUUUUAUAAAAAGAUUAAUAAAAAAUAUUGAAAAAUUCUCAUUUCCAUUUAUAUUUUUCCCCAAGAAGAAUUCGGAAGUUCCUUAGAAAACUGUGUCACCUUGGAAAGGGCACUCAGGUCACAACCAGCUGCAGGGAGGAGACACAAAUGCUACAAGCAGUUUGGGGUCCAGUACACACCAGGCCUAAUAGUGAACACAAACAGUGGCCAAAAGUAGGGUGUAUUUUUUUUUCUCUUUUAAACCAUGCUAAUUUUAUUAACUUCCAACAUAAAAGGAAAAUAGUAAUUUUUAAAAGGCCCUAAACUCAACUGUUACAUUAAAAAAAGAUAAAAAAAAAAAAGUUAUAGCAGUUUGGUCCCAACAAAUGAACAUUUAGAUGUUUGCUCACAUGCUUCAUUAUUUUCUUAUUUAUAAGAACCAAAAAUAGUUUCCAAAAUUAUCUCUGAAUUGAUGCUACUACGUAUGUAAAGGCCUAAAAUAAGCAGAAUUUAGAAAAUUGAAUACACAAUAGGGGAGGAAAAUUUGAGCGGGCGAGUGAACCCCGACUAUCACUGGAUCGAAUUAUAAAAGAGAAACAAAAUGUCAGGACAGGUGAGGUCAGGAGGGCACAAACUAAAACCACAUCGUCCUCAAAGCCUGUUACCAAAAAUAACCGACCAUCCAUAAGGUCACAGAGAAGGGAAAAUCUGGGGUCUCACCCAGCGCUUGACCGUAUCCAGUCCAGAAGGGAAGUCUUUGGGAAGAGAAACUCCAGGAGUGGAUCCGAGCGUAAAUGAUGGAUCAGUCCCAGUCCGUGCUUGGGGAGGCUGAACUCUGGAAAUGCAGUUAAAUAACGUCGGGAUGGUUUCCGAGCUGCUCUCCAGGGCUCUGCUCAGCACGUGGGGAUCA